UGCUCGCUUGACAGCUUGCUGUGGAGGGAAGGAAAAAGAUGGCUGCUUCGGCGGCAACGGCGAGUUGCGCCCCUGCCCUGUGUCCCAAUUACGCCGUCAUUUGCUCCUUUCUGGAGCGUUACGGGGCGCAGCUGGACCUGCCGGAGCUCACCUUCCCGCAGCUGGAGCGAUACCUGCGGGACACAUCCUCAGUUGCUAAGUUGCUAGUUGAACUCCACGUCAAGUUGCUGAGAAAGAUUGGGAAGUCUGUGUCGGCGGACAGAUGGGAAAAAUAUCUGGUCAAGAUAUGCCAAGAGUUCAACACAGCGUGGGCGUGGGAGCUGGAAGAAAAAGGCUACAAGAGCAUGACAAUGGAGAGCAAGACAGCCAUCCUCAAAUAUCUGUGCGAGAGCCAGUUCGAUGACAACCUGAAGUUCAAGAACGUCAUCAAUGAGGACGACCCGGACAAGAUGCGUCUGCAGCCCAUUGGCCGCGAUAAAGAUGGCCAGAUGUACUGGUUUCAGCUGGACUGGGACAACAACGUCCGCCUCUAUGUGGAGGAGCAGGACGACUUGGACGGCACCUCAUGGAAGUGCAUUGUCAGAGAUCGCAACGACUUGGCGCAAGUGGUGGCUCUGCUAAAGACGUACAUUGAUCCCGAACUCCUGAAGAGAGACACCAAAAGUGAAAAGGGGAAAGCAGCUGAAGUAAAGGAAGAUGAAAGCUCAUCAGAUGAGGACAUGAAAGAUUCCACCACCAGAGUGGCCUUCGAGAUGUCCCCAAAGACGGAGAACAACGGAAAAUCGCAUCACACUGCUGAGCUCAAAUCAGAGACAUCUGAUAUCAAAUCGUCAGUGAACGGUGUAGCAGAAGCUCUGCCGGAGCAGUCCCUGGAUCGUAGUUUAGUCAACAAAGUCCAGAGCAUCAAAGAAGAGACGCUAGACAGGUCCGAAGUCGAGACGGAGACACAGGCCGCCCCCAACAACUUAGACGAGAUCCAACAGAUGCAGCAAGCCAAGAUCCCGCUGAAGAAAAGAGGCAUGAAGUUCGCGCCAUUUUCUCAGCAGAAGGACCCCGUAAAAGACGUGCCCGCGUGCGAACAGACGCGUGGUGUCGGUGACCACAUCAACGGUGAAUCAGAGCCCGCGUUGGAGGCCCGCCUCCAGCCCUGCUUCGAUCCAAAUGAAUCAGCAUCCACAAAGGUACAGAAGGAAUCCUGCUCUCCGGACAAUGUCACACAGAAAGCGGCAGCCGCAUCUCGCCCAGAGAGAGCGGAUGACAAAUUGUACGACCACCGACGAGACGGCAAUUUAACAAAGCCCAAACCAGCAGAUGCCAACACACAGUUUUCUGUGGAGGACAACAUGGACCCAUCCAAAAAGGAGAAAUCAAAUGAUGAGGUCGCAGCCAAAGGCCAUCAUUCAAAUGACACAGAACAAAACAAAGGAAAAGCGGACAGCCAAGAAACAAGGAGCGAGAAUCAAGCGGAUAGACCGCAAGCUGCUGAGGACCAAUCGUCCAACGACGACUGCGCUGCGGGGAGUCAAGACUCAGAGAAGCUUGCGAGGCCCGAAUUGCAAGAAUCCUCGGAGUCGACGGUCAUAAGGGCCUUCGCUGUAGACUUGCGCCAGGAGAAGGCCGUCGACAGGGGUGCAAAAGCCACUGGACCUUCGGGGGCUAACUCCCAAAGGCCAAGCCAGUCGGACGCCACCUGCCCGCUUGCGAUGGACUGCUUGGCAUCCGAAUGGGCAGAAGAAGCAGCCAUCGCUGCCCAACCUGACUGGGAAGAGCCACAAAAAGAAUGCAAUACACUUGCGCCUAAAGCCCCCUACGACUCAGUCGCCGUAGAACCUGAGCGGCUAUCAUCACAAAACAAAGACAUAGACACAGAGAAAACACUCCCAUGUCCAGAGGACAAAAGUGAAAAUGCAACUGGAAAAAACUCCUCUGAUCUAUCCAAAUCGACAAAAGCGGCUGGCAAUCACAAUACGGAACAGAAUACUGCAGCCGCUCUGAACAAACGCGAGGAAGACCAGUUUGAUAAAGAAUCGGAAAAUGCCAACCGAGUUCUGCCAGACGUCCAACUUGAAUGUCAAGAAAGCAGAAGGGAAUCAACCCGUUCCAAAGUCGCCACCACGUCGGAAAACGACACUUGUGAUGCAUCGUUGAAAACGGGGCUUCAAAGCGGGACCCGAAAAGGCCACAUGGAGCCUGUGCCCACAAGCGCUGAUCCGCCGCCGAGUCGGGAGCCGACCCAAAGCAAAUCCAAGAGUGAGUCUGAAAACUGUGAGCCCAAAAGUCUCACAGCAAGGGCUCAACUGGCAGAGAAACUGGAUGAAAAAUGGCACCACGCAGAGAUUGACCGUCAAAAGGAUUCUAAAAGCCAGGAACUCUCCAAAAGGAAAGAAGAGUUCAAAACACUCAACUCCACUGACACAACUGAAGAAAAUGACGCCGGGGCAAGAGAAGACGCCAGCAAGGUGUCUCAAAGCAACAAUGAGAAAGAAUCCAAUAAGGAGGCCCAAGCAGAACAGCUCCCCAGAACAACAGAGAGAAGCGCACACGUUGGAUCUAAAACAACCAAAGUCGGUGACGGAAAAGCCAGCCACAAACACACAAUGAAAAGCCAGCCACAGAUCAGCGAUGCCACCAAAAGCCACAAAGAGGAGAGCGCACCAGAGAGCACCACACUUCAACACCAAAGCGAGUCCCAAACGGGAAAACUUUGCAGAAGCGAACAGAACAAAGCCAAAGCCGACCACCAUACUGAGGCGACACAAGAGAGCCACGGCAAAAGUCCAGCAAGAACACCGCAAGACCAAAGCCAUCAUCACGACUCCAGGAAACAGAGCGGCCACCCAGCUCCGCCGGACACAGGGUGCCGAGAAAGUAAAAAGGCUCAACCUGUUCCCCAACACAACAAAACCAUUCAUCCCAUGUUGGCGCUGGAAGGAUGUGACGGCGAGGUUCUGGCACAAAGUUGGCCAGCGGGGGACAAAAGCAAGGUGGCGAGCCAGCAAAGCCAGGACCAGAAAGAGGCGGAGCCAACCAAGUCCCAGAUUUUGCCAAAGUGUCAAAGUGAAAAGCUUUCUGCGGCGGCACAGGCGCAAGCCGGGGCAGCUCACAGCAGAAGUGAGGGAGAAGAGUCCGACAAAGAGGCGGCCAUUGGUGCCCGGACAAGAGUCUCAACGGCGGCGGCGGCGGCCCACCGACGCUGGUUCAAACUCCAACAGGAGGAGCAGCGAGGUGACUCAGAGUCUGACUCCAACGCGGGUGGCGUGUCUUUGAGACGCUCGCCCCGGAUAGCCAGACCCGCGCAAAAGGCACUCCGAGACAAGAAGGUCGAGAAGCCUCGCGAGAAACAAGAAGAAGUGGAGGAGGUUGCGAGGAAGCCCAGAGACAAGAAGGUGGACCAGGAUGGUCAUCCCAAGCCAAAGGGGCGAAAACGGCGAAAAGCCCGCUGGUCCAACAUGCACGGCCACCACAAAAGGAAAAGCUCCAACGAUGACGACGAGUCGGCUGAGGACAGCGAGGAAGAAGAGGACGACAGUGACGAGGACUACAAGGUGGAGCGAGGAGCCAAGAGGCGCCGAGGUGCUUCAGACUCGUUCUCGGACGACGACCUGCCGCCCAACGAUGACCCCUGCAAACAUUGUGGGCUCCCCAACCACCCAGAGCUGAUCUUACUGUGCGAUUGGUGCGACAGUGGCUACCACACGGCCUGCCUGAGGCCACCCCUCAUGCUCAUCCCUGACGGAGAGUGGUUUUGCCCACCCUGCCAGCACAAAAAGUUGUGUGACAACCUGGAGGAGCAGCUGCUGAACCUCGACGCCGCCUUGAAGAGGAAACAGCGGGCUGAGAGAAGGAAGGAGCGGCUCAUUUAUGUCGGAAUCAGCGUGGAAAACAUCAUCGCGCCCUCAACCGAGUUGGAAGAGGAGAAGCAAGAGGUGAUGGUGAAGGAGAAGGAGGUCAAGCGAAGGAGGAGCUGGGGGCGUCGCUCCACCAGGGCUAAGAAGAACAUUAGCUAUAGAUUUGACGAGUUUGACGAGGCCAUCGAAGGGGCCAUCGAAGAGGACGUCAAGGAAGCCGAGGGAGGAGGCGCUGGUCGCGGCAAAGACAUGGCCAACAUCACGGGGGGCAAGGACAUGGGCGCCAUCAUCCAGUCAGCGGAGGGCAAGGAGAAAAGUCGGGCUCCUCGGCCCGAAGCCACCCGGCUCAAGAAGAAGCGGCGGCAUCGCCGCCUCAACGAUCUGGACAGCGAAAGCACCAUGGACGACGACGAGAGCGAGGACGAGUUCUGCCUCAGUGAAAGCUCAGAGGAAGACUUUGCCGUGUCCGACAAUGAGACGGCCGCCGAGAGCGACUCUGACGGCAGCGGCAAACAGCGCUCAGCCGAGUCCCGUGCCAAGGACUUGUCAGCGCGCCGCCGUGGCUCCCGAAGGCGCCACAGACCCAAAGGCUACUCGGACGACGAGGAAGUGGAGACUGACGAGGACGACGAAGAGGAGGAAAUGGCGAGCCAAGGCUCCAGCAACUACAGCGACCUGGACGUGAGCCGGCGACGCUCCAGGCGGAGUCACAAGGCGCACGUAAACUACCACGAGACGUCAGAGUCGGACGGAUCCCGGGCUGGAAGCCACCGGGAGAAAAACAAACCUGGACGACGGCCGGACAGCUCGGAAAGCGAAGCGAGCUUCUCCGGAGAUUCCGAGGACGUUGCCAAUGAGCGGCCAACCCGACGGUGGCUUGACUCCUCUGAAGAUGAGCUAAGGGAGUCUGGGAAGCAGCGUGCACAUUGCCUGGCCCUGAAACGCCGGAAAGGGUCCGAAGAGGAAGACUCGGAACACGGCUCGGACGACUCCACGGAGGAGGACCGGCCUGUCCGGAAACGGGUCAACCGCAUCGACUCAGACGACGACGAGGAGGCCGAGGGCAAGGCCGAGGGCAAGGCCGAGGGCAAGGCCGAGGAGAAGGUUCGGGAGGAGAAGAAGGUGUCCGAGAAGGCAACUGAGCUGUCGGAGCGCAACAGUGGACAGGCCGCCAAGGAGGACGAAGACGAAGAUGACCUGCUGGGCGUCACUGACCUCGUGGACUAUGUCUGCAAUAAUGAACAGUUGUAAAGAAAACCAAAUCGUCGUGUACCAUUUCCAUUAUUUUUAUAUUCCUCUUAAUAUUAUCCUGCGUCAAAACAAAAAGGUCCAGCUCGCCCAUUCCUUGCGCAGCUCCCGUUUUAAUUUGGCGGGGUGCCAAAAUACCACUCCCUCGUUUUUAUACGUGGCGUUAUGCAUAUAUGUGAAGGUGUGAAAAAUGAAAUGACUCGUUUUUUGUAUAUUGUAUACAAAAUCACUUGAACUACCAUCUGUUGAAUGGUUGUUUUUUUACGUUUUGAGAGUAAAACAAUCUCAAUUGCGUUUGUUUUUUGGACACAGUGGGUUGAGCGCAUCAUUUUCCAUAACUAAGGAAAAGACUGAGUGGAUUCUCUUGGCUAUUACCUCAGAACGAACAUGAGAAGAAGCCCCCCCAACCCCAUCCUUCAGGAUCAAACCAAGCUGACCCUUGUUUGCAAUUGCUAUUUCUUACAAGCAUUUGUCAUAAUAAAAUUGGAAUAAUGUGGCUUUAA